AUGUCAAUCCCAAAUCGUUAUUCCGAGGAAGAGGCGGAUGGGCGUCGCAGCUCUGACGAGAAGGGCAACGCCUCCAGCUCCAGCGCCACCACGUUGCUGCUGGACGAUGCCGAGUUCGCCAAGUGGAAGCAGAGACGCGGUUGGGGCCUGGGAGUGGACUAUCUCGAUGCAUCAGACGGGCAGCGUCGUCGUCGAGGUCGAUGCAAUCACCUGACUGCUCUACUGCUGCUCGUCUCUGCAUGUCUCAACGUGUACCUGGCGUUUGGCCGCCCGCCGCGCGUACUCACGGUGCACGACAUCGAUGUGGGAUGCGGCGGCUUUCCUCUCGGGACUGAUCCCUCUGGCUACGUCCCACGUGACACCGGCUAUCCGCUUCGUUGGACCAAGUGGGACGAGAACGACCAGUUCUACAUUUCGCCCAAAACCUUUGACAGUUGGGAGAACAUACAAGAGUCGGCAGCGCGCCUGAGAGCAGUCCACAACGACGUGUUUGUUCACUCCAAUGGCCAAAAGGCAACCUACCUCGCCUACGAUGGCGUGCGUAAGGAAUUGCCUCCCGAAGCCGGCCAGUUUGGCCUGGAGCUGUACGGCAUCCAAGCCUUCCAUCAGAUUCACUGCGUGUACGUCCUCCUCGAGUCCGUCGGCUGGGCAAGGCACAACCGUCCCUCGCAGUGGGACGGCGAUCACAUCGCCCACUGCCUCAACACGCUGACGCAGGCGGCGACCUGCCUCGCCGACUCGCGUCCCUUCGCCUACGUCGUGCCGGGCGGCCACCGCACCGAUGGCCAGCAGAACUGGUGCCGCGACUUCGGUGCCCUGGUGGACUGGGUCAACGACCCGGUGCGCGACCACAACUUCCACUACGAGCUGGACUCGAAUGAUACAGACCACUUCAUGCCCAUCUACCGCAACGGUUCCAUUGCGGGGAAGUCGGUUGACAAGACAGUCUGGUGA